AGUUAUUUUCCCUCUUCCGUUCAGUCUGUGAGGAGGAUGGAGCUGAAAAUCUAAAUAGGGCAACUGGAGCCUGCAAAUUUCCAGCCAAGCUCCAAGCCUGACUUUCUUUACCCGCCUCACUCCUUCAUAAACCCCCCGAUCUCUCUCCAGAACUUGCAGAUUCCUCGACCCUCUGACCAUGAACCUCUGGGCUGUGCUUUGCUUGACUCUGCUCGUGGUAGAGCUCCAAAAUGGUGCCUGCCAGCAGGUCAAGCGAAGAAAAGACAUCGGAGAGAACCGCAUCCGGCCAGGUGGGAAACGGGUAAAGGUGUGGCCUACGCUGAAAGACGGACGAGGCAGAAGCCAUUCCCUCCUGACGCAGGUGUUGGAUAAAGGCCGCUUCCUCCGCCUGGGCCAGAGCACCAUUUUGACUCCUGGGAAAAACAUGGAGCUGCGCUGCAAAGGCAGCAAAAUCGGAUGGUCUUACCCGACUUACCUGGAUACUUUCAAUAACUCACGCCUCAGCAUCAAGCAAAGCGACAAGUACAGUCAGCUGAUCCUGACGUCGCCCUCUGCUGCCGACACGGGGGCUUACAGCUGCUGGGUGAUAGUAUGUGAUGGCACAGAGUGUGAGAAGGACCACGAUCGCGCCUACGUCUCAUACAUCUAUUUCAAAGACAAAGACAACCUCUUCGUUCCAUCCACCAUGCACUUUGAGAUUGUGUAUCUACGCCCAGACCAGCCUGCCGUGGUGCCCUGCCGUGUGACCGAGCCACAGGCCAAGACGUCCCUGCACAGAGAGGUCCCCCCGGUGGAAAUCACAGCAAAUAUGACCCAGAUGGCAUAUGAUCCCACCAAGGGCUUCAUCCUGCAAAACCCGAGGCCAGAGCACCAGGGAGUCUUCUACUGCAAGGCUGAGACCAUGGACACCCCUCAGAUCUCCACAAAGUACCAGCUGCUUUAUGUGGAGGUUCCCAGUGGGCCACCGUUUGUGAGCCUUGAAGCCUCUCCAGACUCUGUGAGAGGAGGCGACAACGUCAAUGUAACCUGCACAGUGCUGGGAGAGCCAGACGUGGACGUGAGCUUCACUUGGACUUAUCCCGGUCAGGGCUCCCGACCUGUUCACAUCCAGACUUCCUGGAGGCUGGUUAACAGAGGUAUGGGCUACACCACACGCGUCACCCAGAGCAUCCUGACGGUAGAGGACAUGGAAACCAUCGACUUUGGAGAAUACAUGUGUAAAGCCAAGAGCCAGCAUGGCGAGACAAUCGUGGGGACCACCAUCAUCUCCAAAUAGCCCCAAACAACCUGACCUGCUGGCUCCAUCUGAUAUUCAAGAGUUUUUGACACAUUGGUGUGUCUUUUUUUUUUUUAAUCUACGAAACACAUGAAAUCAGCAUGUAUAUAAAUAAAAAUACAUUUUUGCCAA